AUGGCUUACACCAAGACUGCUAUUCUCUCUGUCUACGACAAGACAGGACUGUUGGACCUUGCUAAGGGACUUGUCGAGAACAAUGUGCGUAUCCUGGCCUCCGGUGGUACCGCGAAGAUGGUGAGAGAGGCUGGGUUCCCAGUUGAUGACGUUUCCUCCAUCACACAUGCUCCAGAGAUGCUCGGAGGACGUGUUAAGACGUUGCACCCAGCUGUUCACGGUGGUAUCCUUGCCAGAAACUUGGAUUCUGACGAGAAGGACUUGAAGGAACAGAACAUUGAGAAGGUUGACUUUGUCGUGUGUAACUUGUACCCAUUCAAGGAGACCAUCUCCAAGAUCUCCGUCACCAUUGACGAGGCUGUCGAGGAGAUCGACAUUGGUGGUGUCACUCUUUUGAGAGCUGCUGCUAAGAACCACGCCAGAGUGACGAUCUUGUCCGACCCAAAUGAUUACGCAGAGUUCCUCCAGGAGUUGAAGGGUGGUGAAAUCUCUCAAGACCUGAAGAACAAGUUCGCCCUCAAGGCUUUCGAACACACUGCUGACUACGACGCUGCGAUCUCUGAUUUCUUCAGAAAGCAAUACUCUGAGGGCAAGUCUCAAUUGCCAUUGCGUUACGGUGCCAAUCCACAUCAGAAACCAGCCCAAGCUUUUGUUCAACAAGGUGAGUUGCCAUUCAAGGUGCUGAGUGGUUCUCCAGGUUAUAUCAACUUGUUGGAUGCCUUGAACUCAUGGCCUUUGGUUAAGGAGCUUUCUGCCUCUUUGAACUUGCCAGCUGCUGCAUCCUUCAAGCACGUUUCUCCAGCUGGUGCUGCUGUUGGUUUGCCUUUAACUGCUGCUGAGAAGAAGUUGUACUUUGUCCAAGACAUUGAGAACUUGUCUCCAUUGGCCAACGCCUACGCAAGAGCCAGAGGUGCCGACAGAAUGUCCUCCUUCGGUGACUGGAUCGCCCUUUCUAACAUUGUCGAUUUGCCAACUGCCCAAAUCAUCUCCAAGGAGGUGUCUGAUGGUGUCAUUGCUCCAGGUUUCGAGCCAGAGGCUUUGGAACUCUUGAAGAAGAAGAAGGGUGGAAAGUACUGCGUCCUUCAAAUCGACCCUAACUACACCCCAGACUCCAUCGAGUCCAGACAAGUGUACGGUAUCACUCUUCAACAGAAGAGAAACGAUGCCAUCAUCAACAAGUCUACUUUCAAGGAGAUCGUCUCCAAGAACAAGGACCUUACAGAGCAAGCUGUCAUUGACUUGACCGUUGCCACCAUUGCAUUGAAGUACACCCAAUCCAACUCUGUCUGUUACGCUAAGAACGGUAUGGUUAUCGGUUUGGGUGCUGGUCAACAAUCCAGAAUCCACUGUACCAGAUUGGCUGGUGACAAGGCUGACAACUGGUGGUUGAGACAACACCCAAGAGUGUUGGGAUUCGAGUGGGCCAAGGGUGUCAAGAGACCAGACAAGUCCAACGCCAUUGACUUGUUCGUCACUGGUCAAAUCCCAACCUCUGAACCAGAAAAGUCUGAGUUCGAGUCCAAGUUUGCUACUGUCCCAACCCCAUUCACUGCUGAAGAGAAGGCAGAAUGGCUUGGUAAGUUGAACAACGUUGCACUGUCCUCUGAUGCCUUCUUCCCAUUCCCAGAUAACGUCUACAGAGCUGCAAGAUCUGGUGUCAAGUACGUUGCUGCGCCAUCUGGUUCCGUUCAAGAUUCUGCUGUCUUUGCCGCAGCUGAUUCUUUCGAGAUGGUUUACGUUGAGAACCCAAUCCGCUUGUUCCACCACUAA